CACUGGGAUGUUUAACUGGGGGAACUGGGAGCAUUGGGAGGCACUGGGGGAUACUGGGAGUGAACUGGGAUUUGCUGGGAGCUACUGGGAGCUACUGGAGUGAACUGGGAGCUACUGGGAGCGAACUGGGAUUUACUGGGAGCUACUGGGAGCUACUGGGAGUGAACUGGGAGUUACCGGGGCCACUGGAGUGAACUUGGAGCUACUGGGAGCGAACUGGGAUUUACUGGGGGCUACUGGGAGGUGCUGGGAGCGCCCUGGGAUUUACUGGGGGCUACUGGGAAUGAACUGGGAGUUACUGGGAGCUACUGGGCGCCACCAGGGGGCGCCACCACCUUCCCCGCGGCCGCUGAGGGGAGGGCGGAAGCGCCUUUUCCCGCCUCACGAGGGGGGGGGCGGGACUUCUGCCCGCAUUGACCAAUAGGAGCUGCCGUUCCCGCCGUUCCGGGCGCUGAUUGGUCGAGGCUGCGGCACUCAGCCAAUCAGAACGCGAGGGGGGCGUGGUUUCUGCGAGCGGCGGGAAUGGCGGGCGCGCUCAGCGCUGAGGCGGCGCGGGAGAUCCGCCAACUCCAAAAAUCCAAGGAAAAAUCCCGGCGCCUCGGCAACGCCGCCGACCAAGCCCGCCGCCUGCAACCGCCUGGGCGAGCUUUUGGCUUCUCACGGGCGCUACGAGGAGGCUCUGGAGGAGCACCGGGAAGAGCUGAGGCUGCUGGAAGGCGCCGGGGAUCCCUUGGGAUGCGCCGUGGCCCACCGGAAAAUCGGGGAGCGCCUGGCCGAGCUGCGCAGCUUCCAGGCGGCCCUCAAGCCCGGGGGUCCCGGGGGUCCCCGGGGCGCCCCCAGCGCUACCGGCGCCACCCCAAACCGCCCUACUCGUACCUGGCCCUCAUCGCCCUCGUCAUCCGCGCCGCCCCCGGCCGCCGCCUCAAACUCGCCCAGGUACCGGCCCGGGACUCCCGGGACUCCCGGAGCCUGUUCCCGUUUUUCGGGGGGGGGUACCAGGGCUGGAAGGAUUCCGUGCGCCACAACCUCUCCUCCAACCCCUGCUUCGCCAAGGUGCUGAAGGACCCCACAAAGCCCCAAGCCAAGGGCAAUUACUGGACCGUGGACGUUUCCCGGAUCCCGCCGGCGGCGCUGAAGCUGCAGAACACGGCGGUGGCGCGGGCGGGGGGGCGCGGCCGAGGCCGGCGGUGCCGGUGCCGCCCCGAGAAAUUCCCGCCGGCAUCGCCCUCGGCCGCGCCGCCCGGGCCGUGCCCCCCGCCCUGGGGGCCGCUGCCCCCGGCCCCGGCGGCCGAGGCGGAGCUGCCCGGGGGGAGCCCCCCGAGCUGGGCCCCGCGCUGGGCGGGGAGGGGCCCCGCGGCCGCCGCCGAGGGCGAUUUCGGGGGGACCCCCCCCCAAUAA